CCCGUGAAAAACACCAAAUAAUAACAAUAGUACAAGAGAUUGUUGUCCACCAAAGCCGUUAGAUGGACAGUUGACCCCGUGAAAAACACCAAAUAAUAACAACAGUACAAGAAUCUGUCAAAUUUUUUCACAACAAACCAAUUCCAUGUGUUAUGUCUUGAAUUUUUUCAAGCAACCACAAUUAUUAAUAAAUAAAUAAAUAAACAAUUAAUUAAUUUGUACACAAAAAUUGUACAUGAAAUAUAUUACAAAAUACAUACUUUUGUAUAUACCUACAACAUGUUAUUAUGUAUAAAUAAAUAAAAGAAAUUUUUAUCUACAUGUACAGACAAUAUUUAAACAAUUCAACAAGUAAAAAAAGUAUAAUUAAUGAUUUAUAUGUCUUGUUGUUUAUGGAGCCAAGCACAACCAAUUAGUAUCCAGCUGCUUAAUAAAUUUUAUGUGCAGAUUAUCAAUAACAAAUGUUUGUCGUUACCAAAAAAAUUAAUAGUCAAAAUAUUAAGAAAUUAUGCAGAACUUGUUUAAGAGAAGAUGGUGAAAAAAUGAUUUGUCUAUUUGUUGGUCCAGCAGACUCAUCUCUUGCUGCUAAAUUGACAACUUUAUCAUGCUUAGAGAUUUGGCAAGGUGAUGAAUUACCAGAAAAAUUAUGUGAUCGUUGUGUUACACGUGCUGAAUCAGCUUUAUUAUUUAGAGAACAAUGUCGAGCUGCUGACAGAGCACUAAGACAAGCUAUAUCAAAGGAAGGAUAUAAUAACGAAAAAAAUUCAGAUUGUAAUGAUACAAUAGUUGAUAAAAAUAAUACUUUAACAAAACCAUUUAAAUGUUUUGAUUGUAAUAAAGUAUUUUUAAAUUAUCAUGAAUUAUGUACUCACAGACGAUUGUUGCAUACACUCGCAAAUUCAUCAUUUAUUCAAGACCAAUCAUCAUCAUCAUCAUCAUCGUCAAUUGAAUACAAUCAUAUGAAUAUUGUUGAAACAACAAAUAAUUUUGAAUAUUCAACAACAGAUAUAACUUGUCCAACAAAAAAUAUAACAUCAACAACUAAAUAUGAAAGACCAUCAUGUGCUUUGUAUUGCUCAUUAUGCAAUCACACGUUUUCAAAUGUCAAUCAAUUGAUGAAUCAUAAAUUAUCUCAUUCAACAAUUUCAAAUAAUAAUGAUAAUUUAAAUAAAGAGAGUAAUUAUCAACAAUCAUCAUUAUCAGUAAAUAAUAAAAAACAUAAAUGUCCUGUUUGUGGUAAAUGUUUUGAUAAAAAAUCAAAACUUUCAACACAUGAAUAUUUACACACCAAUGACAGACCAUUUAAAUGUAUUAAUUGUCCUAAAAAAUAUACAUCAAAAAGUAAACUAAAUGCUCAUAUGAGAUUACACACAAAAACAAAUAUUUAUCAGUGUAAAAUUUGUGAUAAAGUAUUUUCUUAUCCAUCAUAUUUAAAAGAACACGUAAAAAUUCACAAUCAAAUUGAUAAAAAAUCAAAAAUCAAUAAUAACAAUAAGAAUAUAAACAGUAUAUAUAAAUGCUCAAUAUGUGAUAAAGUUUAUAAAUAUAAAAAAAAUUUAAUACAACAUAUUAAAUUACACAAUGAUGAUGAUGGUGGUGGUGGUAGUACAAAUUUUAAAUUAAGCUGUGAAAUAUGUCAUAAAUUAUUUAGUCAAAAAUAUAAUUUAAAAAUACACAUGAAAAUACAUAGUGGUAUUAAAAAUUACGAGUGUAAAUAUUGUUUUAAAAAAUUUGUUGAAAAGAGUAAUUAUAAUGAACAUUUACGUACACAUACUAAAAUAAAACCAUUUAAUUGUUUAAUAUGUCAUAAAACAUUUACACAAUCAAGUCAUUUAAAAAAUCAUCAAGCGAUACACAAUUCAUCAAGACCACAUAAAUGUAAAUUAUGUGAUAAGACAUUUAAAUUAUUAUCACACUUGAAUAGACAUACAAGUACAAUGCAUAAUACAUCAUCAUCUAUUAAAUCAUUUAAAUGUUUAAUAUGUAAUGAAUUUUUUACACAAGCAUUUAGUUUAAAACGACAUAAAAAAAAUAAACAUAUUGAUGAUGAUUAAUAAUAUCAAGAUCUUGACAUAAUUGUUGUUUAUUUAUAACAAGUAAGUUGUCAAUUUACUGGGCUUGUUAAUAAACCAAUAUCUCAUAUAGAUAAUCAAUUAAUUCAUUAAUUAAACAAUAAUUAAUCAUUUUCAAACAACUAUUAUUGGUGAAAUAUAACAAUGUUUUAACAAAACAAAACAACAGCUGUCAUCUAUGUAUUUAGCUAAGACUCGGACUAGACUAUAACACCUAAUUAAAAUCAUCAAUUAUAAAUUAUAAUUGACGCAAUAAUUAAUCAAAAUUAUUUUUACAAUUUUUUAAACUCUAAUAAUAAUUUGGCAAACUGCCUAUCAAUCAACCAAUUUACUUUUUAUUUUUCUAUAGUCUAUGUAUCUGUCAACUAUCUGUCACUUGCCAAUAUGUACAUAAAUACACACAUAAAAAAGGUCCGCAUAUAUGUACAUGUAUGUAUUUAUAUGUAUUUAUAUAUAUCCCCCUUUUUUCUUUUUUUAGUUACUCCUUCCACUGCCUUCCACUGCCUUCCACGAUAUGUACAUAAAUGUGUGUGUGUGCAAUCAACCGGACAACCGUGGUGAUUUCGUGAAUCGUCAUCAUCAUCAGUACAUAGUCAGUACUCAGUACUCAGUAGCAAUAAAUUUACCUACAUACAUGAAUCAUGAUACAUACAUACAAAUAACUAUGUAAAUAAGUGCAAUACAUAAAGAGAGCCAAGAAAAAGUGUGUAAUAACUAACAAAAGUUAACUGGAUCUUAUUGUCAAAUAUCAAAAAAAUUGUUUAUUACCAUUAGCAAAAUUAAUUUUUGCCAAUAAUAAUUUUAAUAAAAAUGUAUUUUUAAUUAUAAUUUGAGUAUUAUUAUUAUAAAAGGAUAAUGAUUGUUUUAAAAUGUAAUGAUGGUGAUGGUGGUCAUUGGAAAUUACAACAGUUUCAUUGUUAUACAAAGUGUCAAUCAUUUGGAUUGAAUAAUAAUAAUAAUAAUAAUAAUA